GAGCUAAUAAUGGCAUAAUUCCGUAAUCAAAUCCAGUUAAAAAAGACAUUUUGGGAUCUCCGAAAUCUUUUUUGAGGACCUCCAUGCAAGAACACAAGCAUGCCUCCAUUAAAGAUUUCCAAGAAACACCACAAGCAUAUCAACAACCCCUUCCCUUCCCCACCAAAGUCCCUCCCUUUGAUCCAUGGAACCCUCUCUUAUAACAGAAUUCUUCCUCAUCGCCAAGUUUAUCCAAUUGGGAAGGAUUUCCAGCUUCUUUGGAGAUCCAGUAAUUGUGGAUAUGUAUCAGUAUCUCACAAAUCUGAACCAGAUCGAAGCUUAUGGUCUAGCAUACCUGGGGAGGCAUUCAUCUCUGCUGCAUCUGCGAAAACUGAGGUGGAGGAGAGCAGAGGCUCGUUUGUGAUCAAGGAUGGUGAUAUCUCAUUCCUCUGUGAUCAUCAAAACAUUGAUGAAAUCAGAACAAUUUGCAAGUCUGACAUUGAGAGGAAGGUAAAUGACUCUGAGUUUCUAUAUGGAUUAUUCCAAUCAAAUGAUAAGAAUGUUCCUAUUGAGCUUUUUAAGAGGAGCCAAUUUCCUACUUUGGUGAUCUGCGGUUGGGUCUCUAGCAAGAAAGUUAAAAGAUUUGCUUCCAAGAAUUUAUGUUUUUGGGAAAGAAAACUUAGCCUUGGAAGGGCUGAUAAAUCAUCUCUUACUGCGAGGUAUUGGGUUCUUUUUCAUCAGAGGAACAACCAUCAGGUUGAAUUCCAGGUGAGGUUUGGUGAGCUGAAGCAGCUGCAUGGCUCAAGACCCUACCAGAGGUUUUCAGAAGGUUUCCAGGGCCAGAGGUGGAAGCAGGUUCGUCUUCGACGACGGCGAAGAGUUUCAUGCUUCUUAAGCCCAAGAGACUUCCUUGUUCUAUCUUCUGAUGAUGAUGAGAAGGAAGAAGAGAAGGUUGAUGAAGUUAAGGAAUUCAACCGAGUUUUUAUAACAUAUUCGAGUGAGAGAGAUGAGAAGUUCUAUGGAUUUGGAGAACAAUUCUCCCAUAUGGAGUUCAAAGGAAAAAGAGUUCCUAUACUGGUGCAGGAGCAAGGCAUUGGAAGAGGAGAUCAACCCAUUACAUUUGCAGCUAAUUUGGUCAGUUAUAGAUCAGGGGGUGAUUGGAGCACAACAUAUGCUCCUUCACCAUUCUACAUGACAUCAAAAAUGAGAUGCCUUUACCUUGAAGGAUAUAACUUCUCAGUCUUUGAUCUAACAGAACACGACAGAGUUCAGAUACAGGUACAUGGAAAUUUUGUAGGAGGAAGAAUACUCAAAGGAAGCUCACCUGUGGAGUUCAUUGAACGCUACACAGAAACCAUUGGAAGACCUCCAGUGUUACCAAAUUGGAUCAUUAAUGGUGCCAUUAUUGGCAUGCAAGGGGGUACUGAAGCUGUUCGCAGGGUUUGGGAUCAACUAAAAGCUCAUGAUGUUCCUGUAUCAGCCUUCUGGUUACAGGACUGGGUUGGCAAGAGGAAAACAAUAAUUGGGUCUCAGUUGUGGUGGAAUUGGGAAGUUGACACCACGCACUAUGCUGGAUGGAGAGAAUUAGUUCAUGAUUUUGGAGCAAACAACAUCAGAGUUAUGGCUUACUGCAAUCCUUGCCUUGUUCCGACAAAUGAAAAGCCAAACAAGAACAAAAAUCUCUUUGAAGAAGCAGAAAAGUUGGAUAUCUUGGUGAAAGCCAAAAAUGGUACAACCUACAUGGUACCCAACACUGCAUUUGAUGUAGGAAUGCUAGACCUCACACAUCCAAAUGCCAGUGGUUGGUUCAAGAGGAUACUUCAUGAGAUGGUGGAUUGUGGUAUUAGAGGCUGGAUGGCAGAUUUUGGUGAAGGCCUGCCUUUAGAUGCCAACCUCUUCUCAGGUGAAGAUCCCAUCACUGCUCAUAACAGAUAUCCAGAAUUAUGGGCAAGAGUGAAUAGAGAGUUUGUGGAUGAGUGGAAAUCUAACUGUGGAGGAAAGGAGAGGGAGGAUGCCGAAGAAAGCCUGGUCUUCUUCAUGAGGGCUGGCUUCAGAGAGAGCCCAAAGUGGGCAAUGCUCUUCUGGGAAGGUGAUCAAAUGGUAAGCUGGCAACACAAUGAUGGAAUAAAAAGCAGUGUCACAGGUUUGCUUAGCAGUGGACUCUCAGGUUUUGCUUUCAAUCAUAGCGACAUUGGAGGAUACUGUUCAGUAAACUUUCCUAUGAUCAAUUACCAAAGAAGCGAAGAGCUUUUAAUGCGCUGGAUGGAGUUGAAUGCAUUCAAUACAGUUUACAGAACACAUGAAGGAAACAAGCCAGAAUCAAACUGCCAAUUCUACUCUAACAGCAAAACAUUCAGUCAUUUUUCACGAUUUGCAAAGGUAUACAAGGCCUGGAAGUUUUACAGGGUCCAACUAGUUAAGGAAGCUUCACAGAAUGGUUUACCUAUUGCCAGGCAUCUGUUCCUCCAUUAUCCUCAUGAUGAGCAUAUCCACAGCCUAACUUACCAACAAUUUCUGGUAGGAACGGAGAUACUUGUAGUUCCUGUUUUAGAUAAAGGAAAGAAGCAAGUGAAAGCUUAUUUUCCACUAGAACAGGGAUGUUCUUGGCAACAUAUAUGGACAGGAAACAUAUUUGGAAGGUCUUCCAUUGAUUCAGAAAAUAUUCAUCAAGGACUUGAAGCAUGGGUGGAAGCACCUAUUGGAUACCCAGCUAUAUUCUUUAAAUCAGGCUCACCUGUAGGAGAACAAUUUAAGACGAACCUGCAAGAUCUUGGAAUCUUAUAGCUCUUACUCGGAGCUAUGAGUAGUUAUCCUCCAUUAUAAGUUCCUGGAAACAAGCAAAGGCCUGAUUAAACUGUUAACACAAACUCAACAUUCAGGAAAAAAGAAUUGGUGCAAGAUACUAUAAUGGAAGCUUUUAGAUAGCUUUAAGAGUUCCAGUUGAAGCAGACUAACCUUUCUCUUGAAAAUGAUUAAUGAAGCAUCUUAUGACAUAAUUGUAACUAAAGUUGUCAUUUUUUAAUUAUUUGGAAAUGAAAUGUUUAUUCAGUUGAACAUGAAAAUAAAAUGAGAAGAAGCCCCUAUUUUAAAUAAAACAGGAGCUCUGAUAUUAAAGAACAAAAGGCAUGCAUUUCUCUUGAAACUUUGCUCGAACACCUUCCGUGCAUAUCAAAUACUAGCUUGACUCUUUUCAGACUAAGGCUUCAUUUGGGACGGCUUUCUUACUACUUUUUAUUUUAAAGCAGCUUUUUUGUACAAAAUUAAAAAAACUGCUUUAAGAAGAAGUAAGAAAGCCAUCCCAAAAAAAAAUCUAAAAAUCAUCCUCCAAUGCUUUGGCCUCCGACAUGAUGGCUCCUCCAUGAUCAAAUUUAGGUUCAUCAUCCAUUGAGCUAAACCUUGCCAGGUUACUCAUUUUGACGCCAGUAGAAGAGUUAUAUUCUUAGAUGAAUAGAAAUAAAUAAUAUCAUAUGGAUAU